ACCACGAGCCCUUGGCGUACCAAGCAAAUUCGGACCAUUGAACAAUGGCAGAGAUCGGCAAACUUUAGAAAAUAAGGCCCUCCUUCAUUAACAGCAAGCAAGCGAAAGGACCAGCAUCUCAACGAUCUGUCUGAACAUUGAUUGGCCAAAUAUUACUUCAGACAAGCCAACAAGAUGUCCAGUAUGAAUUACCAGAAGGUUUAUAUGAACCAGAUCCACUCCAGCUCUCUACUCUGCCAGCUGUCACACAUGUGGAAGAGUCAGAUGUUAUGUGAUGCCAUCAUUAAAACUGGUCAGAUUAUCACAAAAGCCCACCGAGUUGUGCUGGUGGCAGCAUGUCCCAUGCUUCAGUCAAUGGAAAAUGCGUCGGCAGGUUCACAUCUAGAAGUUCGUCUAGCAGCCGACAUCAAACAAGAAUCCGUCAACACAUUCCUACAGUAUUUAUAUGAAGGCUUCAUGAUGUUAACAGAGGAAAAUGUUCGUGAUGUUGAGAAAGUAGCCAGACUUUUACAAGUUGACAGUGUUAUCAAAUGUUGUGCUGACUUUUACAAAUGUAUGAAUGCCAAAACAGGUGCACCAUUUCCAGGAUCUGCAUACAAGUAUUCCUUUUCUGGACAUGACCUUGCUGAAUUUCGUCAUGUCCGUGCUACUGGCUUGCAGAAAACUGCCUCUGAAAGAAUAAUUAAACGUGUUUCCGAUUUCCCUCGGCCUGGAAGUCCAGGAAGUAAGCGACCAAGGUUACACAGAGGAGGAAGUCCCUCAGAUGUUACUGUGAUAGGGUCAGACAAAGCUGAUGAUACAGCGAGUAUGUCCCAUAGUUACAUGGCUGGAGCCCCAGAUCCCUGGGACCGAGUCCCCAAACUCGGGUCAGGUAUGGGUCGUCAAGGUGCUACUGGGAGGAACUCCCAGCCUGGUGUUAUAGAAAUUGUGGAAGAAAGUAUUGAACUUGUACAGACAGAGCCCCCAGAAAAAGAUUCUGGACAAUCAUCAUCAUCAUCAUCUCGUUCAUCACAGAGGUCUGCAGCAGUGUCUAUUGCAGUAACUAGCCAGUUUAACACAGAACCAGAUAUUAGUGUUGUCAAUGUGUUUGGCAAUCCUGAUACCCAAUCCUCCACCCCUGCUGCUGCUACCAACACAAUCACAUCAUCUAGUUCAUCUCGAGGGUCCAUCACCGUCAGCCCAUUAACCAUCUUCCAAGACCCUCAUCCUCCAUCAUCGUCUGGACCUGAACCCCCCUCCUCCUCAACAGUUGAUUCUUCAUCAGGUCAGGACCAACAAAGACUUUCAGAGAUGCAGUUCUCAGGAUUUUCACAAAGACAAGAUAUGGACAGUUAUAGCAGUGGAAAACAAAAGAGUGGAGAUGGCCAGUUAAGUAGUACACCUCAGCAAAGACCGUUUCCAAUGUCUAUGUCGCCUAUCAACCAACCAAAACCAUUCGCAGCAGGAAGUGCAAUGCAAGCAGGAAUGUCUUCGCCCUCAUCCAUGUCCCUUCCUCUAGGUUCGCCAUCCAGUAGUAAAUCAGUGCAGAAGCCUAGAAGUGCACCUGCUUCACCUGCUGAACGGGCGAGGGAUAACAGGAGGGCAUCUGAAGCAGCGGGCAUGCAGAGCACAGCAGAUAUGACACCAGACUUGAGUAUAGUGAAAAUAGAAGCAAGCAAUCAUGAAACAGGAGGACUUGAUAUGCAUGUAGACAUGCCAGAGGAGGGGGUUAUGCGUAUUCACCAAGGAAGAAUGCCGGAUGACCAGGACGAUACUAGUGAUAAAGAAAUAGAGGAUUGGGCACGCGAGGAAAUGUCAAAUGAAGGAAGCAACAUAAGCGGUGAUCAAAACAACUCUUGGUACAUGGGAACAUUCAAAGAUCCUGAGCCCUCUGAUAGCAGUAACAUGCCAAGAUUUAUAAGACAACCUCCCCCGGGCAAACGUCCACUGAUUUCUGAAAAUUUCGGCCUCACUCCUGAACUCUUACAGUCCUUUAUGUUUCCAAAGUAUAAUUCACAAGGAAGGUCACAAGGUCAAAGUUUAGAUGUUUCGCAAGCAAGGUUUCAAGGUCAAAGUUCGAACACAAUGACACCCAUUUUUUCAGACUCCAUGCUCCGACACCAUGAAAGCAUAGUUUCACCCGACUCGAACUUGAAUAUGAGUGUAGGUCAUAGUACGUCGUCAUAUCGCGGUCAGCAUGAGUAUGGACAGCACAAGCUAGUAUACAUAGCGGACAAGAAAUACAAGCCAUGUGUGGUUUGUGUACUGAACAAGGUGAAAAGUCCUAAGGGCUGGUAUAUCUAUUCCUAUUACAAGUGUGAGGUGUGUGAUGUUCCUCUUUGUCGGAGCAAACGUGACUGCUUUCACCAGUACCAUCAGUAUAUGUCCACCAUGGACAAUAGUGAACUGCAAAUAACUUUCCCUCCACAUACUAGCUAAAGUCCGACUUCGAAAUACAUGUACAACUGGCUUUCCCUCCCAAUAUCAGGGGAAGAUUUUAGAAGGCUUUACCAUUACUGACCAGAAGACUUUACCGUUACUGACCAGAAGACUUUACCGUUACUGACCAGAAGACUUUACCGUGACCAGAAGACUUUACCGUUACCGACCAGAAGACUUUACUGUUACUGACCAGAAGACUUUACCGUUACCGACCAGAAGACUUUACCAUUACUGACCAGAAGACUUUACCGUUACUGACCAGAAGACUUUACCGUUACUGACCAGAAGACUUUACCGUUACCGACCAGAAGACUUUACCGUUACUGACCAGAAGACUUUACCGUUACUGACCAGAAGACUUUACCGUUACCGACCAGAAGACUUUACUGUUACUGACCAGAAGACUUUACCGUUACCGACCAGAAGACUUUACCAUUACUGACCAGAAGACUUUACCGUUACUGACCAGAAGACUUUACCAUUACUGACCAGAAGACUUUACCGUUACCGACCAGAAGACUUCACAAUAAUUAGCUGUCACCCAGCAUACAUUGAUAACGGCUGUCAGAAGAUAAAACUAGUGUUUAGUCCAUAGCGACUAACUUAGUUCUGGUUGUACACUGAUUGAGUGAUUACCUGGUUUCAUACUUAUGUUUUACACUAACCAGUAUGACCUGGUUAUCUCCCACAAUAAGACGCCUCACACUUUUGCAUCAUGGCAAUCAAAGUGUGAUUAGUACAUAUUGAUAUUACUUGUUUCAAAAAUUUGUAAAAUAAAUAAAUAUUAUAGUUAUAUACAUUAUGAAACUUCUGUAAAAAUAAAUAUUUGCAAAAUAAGAAGCAUACAGCCACCUCCAGUAUCCUCGAUACUCCAGGGGUUUUUAGAGCCUAUAUGAUCAUAAUCCCAGGAGUAUCGAGGGUAGACCUACUGUAGCUUUUCAGUGUCAAAAACAUGAACCAAAAAUAGGCCAGAUCUCACCUGUGUGUUUUGGAUACUAUAUUACUACACAUGACACCUGUGUUUUGGAUACUACAUUACUACACAUGACACCUGUGUUUUGGAUACUACAUUACUACACAUGACACCUGUGUUUUGGAUACAACAUUACUACACCUAUCCAUGACACCUGUGUUUUGGAUACUACAUUACUACACAUGACACCUGUGUUUUGGAUACUACAUUACUACACCUAUCCAUGACACCUGUGUUUUGGAUACUACAUUACUACACAUGACACCUGUGUUUUGGAUACUACAUUACUACACAUGACACCUGUGUUUUGGAUACUACAUUACUACACAUGACACCUGUGUUUUGGAUACUACAUUACUACACAUGACACCUGUGUUUUGGAUACUACAUUACUAAACAUGACACCUGUGUUUUGGAUACAACAUUACUACACCUAUCCAUGACACCUGUGUUUUGGAUACUACAUUACUUCACCUAUCCAUGACACCUGUGUUUUGGAUACUACAUUACUACACAUGACACCUGUGUUUUGGAUACUACAUUACUACACAUGACACCUGUGUUUUGGAUACUACAUUACUACACCUAUCCAUGACACCUGUGUUUUGGAUACUACAUUACUACACAUGACACCUGUGUUUUGGAUACAACAUUACUACACCUUUCCUUGACACCUGUGUUUUGGAUACUACAUUACUACACAUGACACCUGUGUUUUGGAUACAACACUACUACACAUAACACCUGUGUUUUGGAUACUUCAUUACUACACAUGCCACCUGUGUUUUGGAUACUGCAUUACUACACAUGACACCUGUGUUUUGGAUACAACAUUACUAACCUAUCCAUGACACCUGUGUUUUGGAUACAACAUUACUACACCUUUCCUUGACACCUGUGUUUUGGAUACUACAUUACUACACAUGACACCUGUGUUUUGGAUACUACAUUACUACACAUGACACCUGUGUUUUGGAUACUACAUUACUACACAUGCCACCUGUGUUUUGGAUACUACAUUACUACACAUGACACCUGUGUUUUGGAUACUACAUUACUACACAUGACACCUGUGUUUUGGAUACUACAUUACUACACAUGACACCUGUGUUUUGGAUACUACAUUACUACACCUUUCCUUGACACCUGUGUACAGCACCCUGUCUCACUGCAGCAUGUAACCAAAUAAACAUUACCAAAAUGUAUGCAUAAACUUGGUAGAGUUGUAGAUAUUUUGAAAAAAGUUUUUGUUAAAAUUUGAAUUUUUUUGUUGAAAUAUCUGAAUACUGCAAUACCUUGGUUUGUGUUGAAAAUAAAAGCAAAUUACAUAUAAUCA